CUGCUUCGUCGCAGCAGCUCGGCACCAGCACGUCGCCGGAGCAGCGAAGAGGAGGCGGCGGCCGGAGCCCGGGCGGAGGAGAGGAAGGCGCCGGAGCGCGCUAGGAGAAGCACGGCUCUCUGCGCGGGAGCUCAUACCCGUUCCCAGGAGGCAGGAGCUACCUCGAUCGGCAUGGAUGCAGGGGACGCCAUGGAGAGGGGCGAGCGCGCGUGGCUCCGGCCCAAGCUGCUCGCUCUUCCAUCAGGUCUCAGGCGCUCACCCUCCAUGGGCACUCCACGCCACCUGACACUGACGCCCCGCACGCCGACGCCGGAUCGGCAGCGAUCCUUCGGACCGAGGAGCACUCCACGCGGGCAGACGCCGCGCACGGCGGAUCGGCUGCGAUGGACGAUUGGAGCGAGGAGCCCUGUACCAGGAGGCACGGAAAAGUUUUCUCCACUGCAGGGUCACGGGCCAGAGACCCAGGACGAUAGCUUGCAAGUGCCGCUCCUGAAUGAUAAAGAAUGCACCGGCAGCAAGGCGCCAAUGGUAGUUCUCGGGUUCGAGUGCCUGGAGAGCACAGCGUUCAAUGGCAUCUCGACGAACCUGGUGAUGUACCUGGAGACCGUCCUCCACGGCAGCAACCUGGCCAGCGCCUCCAACGUCACCAUGUGGUUCGGCACCAGCUACCUGACGCCGAUCUUCGGCGCCAUCAUCGCCGAUGCCUUCUGGGGCAACUACAACACCAUCCUCGUCUCCCUCACCAUCUACCUUCUUGGGAUGAUCCUGGUGACCUUCUCCGCAUUCAUGCCGACGGCCACGGUGCUCGCUACCUCUUCGGUGUUCAGCGCGCAGACCGUAGCGUUCGUGGGGCUGUACCUCGUCGCGAUCGGGAGCGGCGGGGUGCGGUCGUCGCUGCUGCCGUUCGGCGCGGAGCAGUUCGACGACGAAAACGCGGUGGAUCGUGAGAGCAAGGGGUCGUUCUUCAGCUGGUUCUACCUCUGCGUCGACUUCGGCCCGAUCGUCUCUGGUCUCUUCAUCGUGUGGAUCCAGGAGAAAGUCAGCUGGGGCCUCGGCUUUGGCAUCUCCACCGCCUGCAUCGCGAUCGCCUUCGCCGCCUUCGUGCUCGCCACGCCCAUGUACAAGCGCCCCACGGCCACCGGCAAGGAGCCCGCCGACGCUGGCACGCUCUACGAGGGCGGCGACAAGGUGGACAUCAUCUGCGAGUCGGACUUGAAGGAUAUACCGGAGGAGGCGGGCUCGUCGUGGAAUCUCCGCACCAUGAUGCAGGGGGAGGAGCUCAAGAUCCUGCUGCGGCUACUGCCCAUCUGGGUCACCAGCAUCGUCAUGUCCUCGGCGUACACGCAGAUGAACACCACCUUCAUCCAGCAGGGCAACGCCAUGAACGUGUCCAUCCUGUCGGUGAAGGUGCCGGCGGCGUCGAUGGGCUCGUUUGAGGUGGUCUGCGUCCUGACAUGGGUGCUGCUUUACAGCAAGGUGAUCGUGCCAGCGCUGAGGGAAAGUGGAUUCUCGUUCGGCGGCAACGGCGAGCCGACGCAGCUGCAGCGCAUGGGCGCCGGACGGCUCCUCAUGGCUCUAGCGAUGGCGAUCUCGGCGCUCGUGGAGAUGAAGCGGCUCGGCAGCGCGGCGCGCGGCGAGGAGAUCACCAUCGCGUGGCAGAUCCCGCAGUACUUCUUCCUGGCCGGCGCGGAGGUGUUCUGCUACAUCGCGCAGCUGGAGUUCUUCUACGCCGAGGCGCCGGAGACCAUGAAGAGCACGUGCACGUCGCUCGCGCUGCUCACCAUCGCGCUGGGCAGCUACCUGAGCUCGUCCAUCUACGCCAUCGUGGCGGCGUUCACGGCCACGGGGGGUAGUCCAGGGUGGAUCUCCGACAACCUCAACCAGGGCCACCUCGAUUACUUCUUCUGGGCCAUGGCCGCCAUGUGCACGCUCAACUUCUUCGUGUACACUGCCUUCGCCAAGAACUACAAGCUGAAGACUCAAGACUCCGUUCUCAUGACAUGAUUAGCAGCUGCUCUGUUUGCUUCUCGUCUCUCUGUCCAUUGCAAUGUUGCCCAAUUGCCAAGUUGUGAUCUGUGAACGUAAUUAGCAAGUUCUGGCUCAACGGCUAGUACAUCUAUCCAUAGGAAAUGUACAGAACAGAGGUAUUGUAUGAAGAAAACGGAGGACUUUUCCCUAUUUUUUUUUCGAUUUUGAAAAAAAGGAAAUGCACAACAGUUUCUCUUAAACUUUUGGUUGCUUCUUCCAGUUGAAAGUACAUGACAUAAAUGUCAAUGUAUACCUUCUCUAUUGUACAGUUGUACUCCAAUUUGUCAAAGGAUUUUUCUGAAUUCCAA